AGGAAAAAAAAAAGAUCCUUGCCCUGGAGUGGUGCAGGACAGAAUUCUUGCUUUGGUUCCUUCCCAGUCAUGAGUUCAGAGUGGAGAGUCAGUGCCAGUGUGUGUGUGUGUGUGUGUGUGUGUGUGUGUGUCUGUCUGCCUACCUGCCUGCCUGUGUCAUAUGUGUCUGUGUGUGUGUAUGUGUGUGUUGUGUGUGUCUCUGUUUGUAUCUCUGUGUGUAGCAGUUCUAUUUCCUGGGGUUAGUACUAUUUCCAGAGGCCAUUCUAGUAGGUUUCAGAGGCCCCAUCAUUUGGAAAGUGCUCUCUGCAGCCCUGACAGCUGGUGCCCUCUUGUAGUUCUCAAGACUGUGACGAAGGACAGAAGUGGCACCUUCUAAAGUGCAUGAACUCUGGGUUCACAUGCCAGGACAUCUCUGAGGGCCAUCAUCCUCUCCUACCAUGGGGGAUCCUCUGAAUGGGAAGGGGGUGAAGCUGUCACAGAAGGCUAGAUCCUCUAUCGCAGUUGAGGACACAGUCUAGUUAGGUUACUAGGAAGACCCCUGAGAGCUUGUAGGCAAUCUUCUUUAACUGAGACUUAGGAGUGGGUCACAUGUAGGUUGGGGACUUGGGGUGAUCAUGGGUGGCAUUAGAUGUCAUCUACUUUCAAGAUCCCACUGCUGUUGUCUUGAAGGAGAAAGACUUCUGACUAGCUGUUACACACCAGCUCUUGACUUCUCUUCUGCUGGGUCCUUAAUACUCUCAGAGCACAUUGCUGGCAUUCCAGCUAGUGAGGCUGGGCUUUCCUAAAGGGAGUAAUUGGCCACUUCAAACUAGACCAUCCUCUGUUCUCUCAUCCUGGAAGGUGCUGGAGGGGAAGUUUCGUGGAGUAACUGCUGCUUCCCAGAUUCUGGGUUGUGCCCUUCUGCCCUGGGGCAGCAGUCACAGGUGGUUAAAUUGUACCUUACACAUGACUGAGAAACCAUAAUUCCAACCCAGGAAUGUGCAAAUCCUGGAUUUGGUGGUUUCUCAUACCUUGGGGUUAGCCACCGAGGCACUGACCCACUAACUGCUGUCCCAUGGGAGUUCUCAUGCAUAACCUGGAGUCCAUCCCAAAUGAACCUGAAAGACAAGCUUGGCUGUAUUUCAGCCAUUACCAGUGAUAGGUGCCAUCAUGAGACCGGACGUCUCUCCAUUCUAGACAUGCAGUGUGGGUUGGAUGGGGGGGAUGGCAAGGGCAAUUGGCCUCAGAAUCAUGAACAGAUGGGCAAUAGAAAACAGCUCCAGGCUACAGUGUAUGUGGAGAAAUCACCCCAGUGCUACCCUGGAGCCAAAUUCUCACUAGGUGUGACGUGAUGACAGCUAAGAGUGGUGGCCUCAGGUCAGGCAGGUCAGCAGGGACGUCAAUCAACAGGGCUCAUCAACCCUCCAGAGAUACAGCAGGUGGCUGGUGGUUUAUGCACUUCCAGUCUUGGCUCACAACACUUUUGAGUCAGUUGAGUGAGCAAGGAAUGGGAACCCAGGCGAAGGCUGAGAGCUUGAGGCAGCUGGCUGGUCGCCCUCAGUUGAAAACCCCCAGCAAGCCCAGAGUCUGCAAGUUUGGGGUAUAAUCAUGUGGCAAUGCAUUCCACACAGGCUGGCACUCGAGGGAGGCAGAGGACCCGGAGAGGAUCCAGGUCACUUGGUCAUUCUCCUCAAGACCAUGGAUGUACAUCUGUUUGACUAUUCAGAGCCUGGGAACUACUCUGACAUCAACUGGCCAUGUAACAGCAGUGACUGCAUCGUGGUGGACACAGUGCAGUGUCCCACCAUGCCCAACAAGAAUGUGCUUCUGUACAGCCUCUCCUUCAUCUACAUUUUCAUCUUCGUGAUUGGCAUGAUUGCCAACUCUGUGGUGGUCUGGGUGAAUAUCCAGGCCAAGACCACAGGCUACGACACACACUGCUACAUCUUGAACCUGGCUAUUGCAGACCUGUGGGUUGUCAUUACCAUCCCUGUCUGGGUGGUCAGUCUCGUGCAGCAUAACCAGUGGCCCAUGGGUGAGCUCACGUGCAAGAUCACACACCUCAUUUUCUCCAUCAACCUCUUCGGGAGCAUCUUCUUCCUAGCAUGCAUGAGCGUGGACCGCUAUCUCUCCAUCACCUACUUCACCAGUACCUCCAGCUAUAAGAAGAAGAUGGUACGCCGAGUUGUCUGCGUCUUGGUGUGGCUGCUGGCCUUCUUUGUAUCUCUGCCUGAUACCUACUACCUGAAGACGGUCACAUCUGCUUCCAACAAUGAGACCUACUGCAGGUCCUUCUACCCCGAGCACAGCAUCAAGGAGUGGCUGAUUGGCAUGGAGCUGGUCUCUGUCAUCUUGGGUUUUGCUGUCCCCUUCACCAUCAUUGCUAUCUUCUACUUCCUGCUCGCCAGAGCCAUGUCAGCAUCAGGCGACCAGGAGAAGCACAGCAGCCGGAAGAUCAUCUUCUCCUACGUGGUGGUCUUCCUGGUGUGUUGGCUGCCGUACCAUUUCGUGGUUCUGCUGGACAUCUUCUCCAUCUUGCACUAUAUCCCAUUCACCUGCCAGCUGGAGAAUGUGCUCUUUACAGCACUGCACGUCACACAAUGUCUGUCCCUGGUGCACUGCUGUGUCAACCCUGUGCUCUACAGUUUCAUCAACCGCAACUACAGGUACGAGCUGAUGAAGGCCUUCAUCUUCAAGUACUCAGCCAAAACGGGCCUCACCAAACUCAUUGAUGCCUCUAGAGUGUCAGAGACAGAGUACUCUGCCCUGGAACAGAACACCAAGUGAUCACUCUGCAGAGGCGUGGAGACAUGUGCAUGUUGCAAGUGGGGCGGCUGGGCCCUGUGGUUUCUUCAAGAAAGCAAUGUAGCUUUGGGUCUGGUUGCUUGAGUAGUAUGAAGAGGAGAAAGCAUGUGACCAUGCUUCCUGUGUCUCAUUCUCCAUCCAAGAUGGCUGUCGCCUGGAUGCUCAUCCUGACAGCUUGCAGCCUGCAGGGCUGGGAUACUCUGUGCUGUGCAGCCAGAGCUGUGUAUCAAAGCCAGCAUCAGGACAGACUCUUAUGGACAUGUGUACUAUAGAAUAUUCUGUGUUUCCUCAAGUUUUUACUUGGUGACUUUUGUAUUUAAGUUUUAAGACUUUAUUUUCUCACUAUGGAUGUACCUUAUAAAUGUAUUUGAAAGCUAAAUAUAUUUUAAAUAUUGUAUGAGAGGUGUAAGGCUGUUGUAUUCAGACCAUGUAGGCCUCAGAUUAGCUGGACUUGAGUUUUGACUAAGGAUGACAUUAAUUGUUAGCUGAUUUGAAAUUAUAUAUAUAUAUAAAAUAUAAAUAUAUAUAUAAAUUUAUGCCAGUCUCGGCUGAAAGGUUUUAUUUGCAAUAGUUUUAUAUCUGUGUGGUGUUCAAUGCUGGCACAGCAUAUGGAACAAAAACUGCCCAGCAAUGCAGUUUGUGACAUGAACCAUAUUGUAGAGUUACAUUUCGGGUUGCAAACCCGUGAACAAAGGAAACGGAGCAUUCUCUCGAUUUGUAAGUUAUUUUUUUAAUAAAGAUUUUUGUUUCCUAAAACCA